GAGAAUCCUGCCUUGUGUGAUGUGCUGUUUGGACGCUGCUCUCUGUGCAGGUGUCAACAUCAAACAUACACACACACACACACACACAGCUUACAUCUGCGACAGGUCUCCACAUCUGGUUUUACUUGGCUAAAGGAGGAAAAGAAGAACAAUGCUCAGACGAAUUUUACAAAUGACUCCUGGAAAGGGAGGAUCCCAGACACCUGACUCUGAGCAGCCAUCUGCUGAAAUAAAUAAUGAGACUUCAGAGGGCUUCAUUUGCCCACAGUGUAUGAAGUCUCAUAACUCUGCUGAGGAACUUUUCAAGCAUUAUGAAGUUUUCCACGAGCCUCAGGAUCAGCCAUCUCAUCUCAGCAGCGGGAGUUUUAACUCUAGGGAGGACUUAUCUCUUUUGCGACAAGAAGUGCAGGAUUUACAAGCAUCACUAAAGGAAGAACGAUGGUUUUCAGGAGAACUGAAAAAAGAACUAGACAAAGUGCAAGGACAGCUGAAGCAAGGACCUCAGAAUGAUGGCCAGGCAGGCUUAGGGGAAUCAGAGCUGGAGAUGAAACUCCAUGAGGCUGAGACUGAAAAGUUCAACAUCAAACAGAUGAAAGACCUGUUUGAACAAAAGGCAGCCCAGCUGGCCACUGAGAUUGUAGAUAUCAAGUCACGCUACGAUGAGGAGAAGAGCCUGAGAGAGGUGGCUGAGCAGAAAGUUACUAGCCUGCAACAGGACCUGCAGAGUGAGAGACAGGAAAAAGACAAACUACAGACAGAACUGCUGCAGAGACCAGGAGUAGAAGACGUGGAGGUGUUAAAGAGGGAGUUGGUGCAGGUCCAGACGCUGAUGGACAACAUGACUCGUGAAAGGGAGGAGGAAUCUGCACGCCUCAAAAACGAGUAUGAGCAGUUGCAGCGGAAUUUCACUACCUCAGAGAAAACUAUCUCCAACCUGAAGGCAGAACUGGAGAAGGGUCCUCAGGAAGCUGCUGUGUACACGCACCAGAUCCACCAACUACAAAGCAACCUGGACAACCUCCAGCAACAGUGCCAGAUGCUUUCAGGAAAGCUGACACAACGGGAAAAGGAGAACAAAGAGCUGGAUGAAAGUCUGGGACAUGAGCAAGUUUCCAAGAAGAAUCUUCAGGCCAGCCUGCACCAAAGGGAGUUGGAGUUGCAAGAGAGUCAAGCUCGAGCAUCAGCCACAGAAGCCUCCCUCAGUCGAGCACAGACCGAGUUAAAUGAGAACAGGGAAGAGGUGGGACGCCUCAGCAAGGAGCUGGCUGAGCUUGAGAAGAGCCAUCAAGAUCUGAAAGCUGAGCGCAAGCAACUCCAGCAGCAGAAGGAGGAUCGUGAGAGCCAGUGCCUGCAGCAGCAGAGCGAGAUUAGCCAGUUGCAUGGGAAGCUGCUGGAGACAGAACGGCUGCUGGGUGAGGUGCAGGGCCGGCUAAAGGAGCAGAGACAGCUUGCAGGGGAGAAACUCAAAGACCGUGAGCAACAGGUUGCUGACCACCAGCUCAAACUUUCCCGAUUGGAAGAACAGCUAAAAGAGAGCAACACCAAGUCCACUGACCUACAGCAUCAGUUGGACAAAUCCAAACAACAACAUCAAGAGUUGCAGUCUCUCCAGCAGACCACCAACGGCAAAUUACGGGAAGCACAGAAUGACUUGGAGCAGGUGCUGCGUCAGAUUGGUGAUAAGGAUCAGAAGAUCCAGAAUCUGGAGGCCCUGCUACAGAAAAGCAAAUCCAGCCUGAGCCAGCUGGAAGCUGAAAGAGAAGACCUAUGUGCCAAGAUCCAGGCAGGAGAAGGGGAAGCUGCUUUACUCAACCAACUUCAGGAAAAGAACCACACACUACAGGAGCAGAUAAAUCAGCUGACUGAAAAACUGAAGAACCAGUCAGAGAGUCAUAAACAAGCCCAAGAGAAUCUCCAUGAGCAGUUACAAGAGCAGAAGAGCCAGCUGCGCUCAGCACAGGACCGCUGCCAGUCCUUGGAAAAUAAUGUAACCGAUCUCAGUACGCAGCUCUCUCAGAGCAAGGAGAGAAUUGCCCAACUUGACAUCCAGAUAAAGGCUAAGACAGAGAUGCUGCUGUCAGCCGAAGCAGCAAAAACUGCCCAGAGAGCAGAUCUAGAAAGCCAUCUAGAAACAGCCCAGCAUGCAUUACAAGACAAGCAACAGGAUGUGAGCAAGGCUCUGGCUCAGGUAGAGGAACAGGGCCAUCGGCUGCAGAAGAAGCAGGAACAGUGUUCACAGCUGGAGGCCAGUCUGAAGGAGAUCAGAGAGAAGCUUCUGGCUGCAGAGCAGAAGACUGACACCAUGGAGAGCCAGGCUAAGAAAGCAGAAGCUGAGUUAGCAGAGCUGCGCUUAGGAAGGGAACAAGCACAGAAGGCACAGCAAACACAGCAGCAGCAAAUUAGCGAGCUGGAGAAGAAGAACAAGGAACUCAUUCACCGACUGGACACUGAAAAAGAAGGUGCUACAGCUCUGCAGGAGGAGCUGCAGAAGAAGAGCUCAACAUUGGGAGAUGCUCAGAAGCAUGUGGAGAAGUUGGAACAGGAGCAGAGUGACAUUAAGAAGAGAUUGGAGCAAUUCACUGAGGAAGGACAUAGGCAAAAGGCAGAACUGGAGAACAAGCUCCAGGGGAUGAGCUUAGAGCAUCAGAAAACUCAGCAGCAGAGAGAGGCACAGGCUGAAGAGCUGCAGAAGGUCAAAGAGGCUCUAAGCCAGGCUUCCACAGCACUGAAGGAGAGUCAGACCCAGAGGGAGAAAGAAAAAAAGAGCAGUACAGCAGCCCUAGAAGAGAAGGAGAAAACUCAUCGGAAAGUCCAGCAGGAGCUUCAGAAGAGCGCAGAAGCAACAGCCAAAGAAUUGAGCACAGCUAAAGCUCAGCUGGCAAAAAUGGCAGAGGUGGAGAAGGGACUUCGAACAAAAGUGAAAGAGCUGAGUGACCAGCUGAAGCAGUCUAAGGACACACUAAAGGAGAGGGAGAAGGACAUCCAGCAGGUCCAGACACAGCUAACAACAACCCAAGGAUCCUUUAGUGAGGAAGUAAAAAAACUGCAGAGCCAAAUUGCAGAUAUGCAGACGUCUCAAACAAAGAAGGUGGAGGAGUUGACGAAGCUGAAGGAACAGAUGACUGUACUGUCUGAAGAGCUGGGCUCAGAGAAAAGCCGCAGUGCUGAGCUGCAGAAAACCUGUGACAGCUCCAAGGACAGCUUGGACAAACUACAGUCUGACUAUUAUGGCAGGGAAUCCGAAGUCUCUGCCCUGCGCCAGGACCUCAAGGUGCGUGAGGAGAAGCUGACACUGACUCAGGAAGAACUGGUGGCCAGCACCAACCAGCUGAACAAUCGUGAGGCCCAAAUCCAGGAGCUGAAGUCAGGACACACAGCACUGGAGAAAGAUUUAAAGAAGAGAGAUGAGAAGCUCAAACAGCAGGAGGAGGCUCUACGAGAACUGCAGAAGCAGCAGGAGCUGAUGCAGGAAGAGCUAAAGAAGGAACGAGCUCAGGUGGAGGAGCUGAGGGAGGCUCAGAGUGGGCUAGAGAAAGAGCGGAGCAGGCUAAGUGCUGAACUCAAAGCUCUGGCAGGCAAGAGUGAGAAGGAGCUAAAGGACCUGCAGGCAGCGAAACAGCUCUUGCUUCAGCAGAAAGUAGAUCUUCAGGGCAGAGUGGAAGGGAUCCAGGCAGCAAUGGAGCAGGAAAAGAAAGAGCAUCAGAACACCCGCGAGUCCAUCACACAAUUGCAACAGCAACACAAAGCAGAGACAGACAAACUACAUAAACAAAAAGUAUUAGAAGCGAAGGCCAAAGAGGAGAUAGAGAAGCGGAAGGAGGAGUCCGAGACAAAACUCACAAUGCAGGUUUCUGCACUUAAUGAAAACGUUGCCACUCUGAAGCGAGAGUGGCAGAGCAGUCAGCGGCGUGUGAUCGAGUUAGAGAAACAGACAGACGAAUUGCGCGGAGAGAUCGCUGUGCUUGAGGCCACUGUGCAGAAUAACCAAGACGAAAGACGUGCCCUUCUCGAGAGGUGUGUGAAGGAUGAAGGUGAGUUAGAGAAGUUUCAAGCCAAAGUGGUGGAGAUGAGGAGAAAACUAGAUGACACCACGGCAGCUAUGCAGGAGCUGGGCCGAGAAAAUCAGUCCUUACAGAUAAAGCAGUCUCAGUCCCUCACACGGAAGUGGGCAGAGGAUCAUGAGGUACAGAACUGCAUGUCCUGUGGGAAAGGUUUCUCCGUUACCAUCCGGAAGCACCACUGUCGUCACUGCGGGAACAUCUUUUGUGCCGAGUGCUCAGCCAAGAGCGCCCUGACACCGUCCUCUAAGAAGCCAGUGCGGGUAUGUGAGGCCUGCUUCGAGGAGCUGCAGGGCUAAUAGACCUCAGCCAGCCUGCUGCUCUGCCACACACUCGCCACAGACUCUUCCUGCACAGGACAGCAGCUUUCCCAGACCCUGGGAGCAGGAGCGACAGGGUGGCAGAGCUACAGGAAGAAAUGAGGACUGGCCUGCUUUUAUCUCCUCACUGGGCAUGAGGUGGCCUCAGAGAGAGAGAGAGAGAGAGAGAUUGAGAGGAUGAGAGAGAGACUGACUGUAGAAUCACAGCAGUCAUCACCCAAGCAGUGCCUUGGUCACCUCUAGUUCCAUUUGGGGUUCCAAAGAAUCUAAAAAGGGAAAGUGGUGCAGCAUUUUAAAGUCUUCAUUUCUAAUUGAAUGUGUAUUGGAUGAGAUUUAUUACAUGCUCUAUGCGUUGGGUACCAGGCUGGAAGAUUUGUACCUUAAGCUUUGUUUCUUCUGAACAAAGCAGUAGUGAAUCUGCCAGCGUGGCAUCCAGACUGAGAGGUUUGUACAGGCUCCACGAACAGAUCAGGUUAGUGCUGUCAAGCAAGAAAAAUCCCAUUUAAAAAAAAAACUAACACCACUUUUCCAGCUGACAGCGAGGUACAGCAUUACUCAGUGAUUAGUCGGAAUCUGCAAUUCUCUGCAACUGUUAAUUACUAUUUUCCAUUGCCUUAUGGUACCUGUGCUGGUAGGAGUUAACCGUGUGCUGUGAGAUGGUAAUCAUUUCCCCUGCCAUGCUAAUGUUAAUGAUAAACACUAAUAACAGCAGCAAGAAUACAAAAGCUUUAGGGUCUGAUUUAACAUUAACAUUUAUUUGGUUUUCUUUAAUGUAAUGUAAUGACAGCGACAGUAAGAAGAAACAGACACUGUACAGCCAGGUAGAAAAACCCAUUAUAGCCAGCUAUAUUUUAUUGACUCGAAUGACGACACGUGACCUUUCUCUAACAGCUACAUUUGAUUUCACAUCAGUGGUCUGCCUGAUUUUUAGCUGUACCCAUAAAUCACUGUUUAGUACCCUGGCAAGAAGGGUAACCGAGUCCAGUACUGGUACAUUGUGUUGCACAAGUGUUCUUGCUUAAGUAUAACUUGAACCUUUUCCAUGUUUUGUAGUGUUACCACCUGGAAUAAUAGCCAAUAGAGUCAAUAGCCACUGAUAUUUAAUUCCACAAUUCAGUCCAUCAGUAUAUUUUGCCCACCUAUUUCAUUAUUAUGAGCUAUAUUGUGUGUGAUUCAUGACCUAUAAUCCCAGGUAAUUGUGUAUCAGGUCCAUGUCUCCAAGUAACACUACAAAUUGUGGAUCUUUUUUUUUUUAUUAUUAUUAUUUUUAAAAGAGUACAGGGGUGUUAAUAUUUAUGCAAUGCAAUGUACAUGGUUACAGCAGGGUUCACAUGGCAAUGGAAAUCCCAGAUAGUGAUUAGUAUGUUGUGCCCCGCUGUCCCAAUGGAAAACACAAUGGGUUUUCAUUUUGACUUGAUGAAACCUUUUCCAACAAGGUUAUCAUUAAUUCAGGCACGUUUUAUUGAACGGUGUCUAUGUAUCAUACCUGCUCGCUAUGCUGCUCGUUUCCAUUUGAUUGAGAAGAAAAAAAAAUUUUUACAUUUUGAUUUUACUACAUCAGCAUUUCCAAACUGGUGCAUUUGAGCAGUAUUUUGCAAAUUUGCCGAUUCUGUUCAAUUAGAAAUUUUGACAUGAGUUAAUCGCAAAUGUGUGUGAGCUGCUACUAAGCAAUAAUUGUGAUUAUGUGGCUAUAAUCGUGUGCGUGUGUGUGAAUCUGUGUAUGUAAGAAAUUUAUCUAUAGAUGCUAUAUCGAUUGUAUAAAACAUGGGCUGCUAGAACACUUCUGAAAACGUAUGGUCAGUGUUAGUGCAGCGUUAUUAUUCAGGCCUCAGCAUUCUGCCAUCUCUCGUCCUGCAUCUUAUCAAGAACAUCUCUUUCUUUCUCCUCGACGGGUGUGAAAAGUGUCACGCAUGACACAUGAGAAAAAGAAAAUCAACUUCAAACAGAUGAAAUCAGUAUGCUUUCUGUUAGAGGAAGGAUUAUGCGAAAACAGCUGGAUCUUUGGCACAGGUGCUUGUGCAAACACGCAAAAGAAAUUGUACAGGUUGUACCUGAUGUACAGUAAACGUCAGCGCUGUUACCUGUGAAACGUCUGUAUUAUAUCGUACCUUUCCUCUACACGUUCGCUUCAGCAUUGAGGUCGUACUGUUAGAAAUGCACAUUUACAGUCAUACACGCAGCAGUGUUUAAUUCUAAGACACACACUUUGAUGCACCAAACUCGUAUCAUCAUCAUCAUCAUCAUCAGUGUAAAUUCAAGACAUGCUUUCUUUCUGUAUUUAUGGCACCUACCUCGGGACUGUAUGUUUCGCUCUCUGAAUAUUUGUUUAAAUAUAAAAAUCAACCCUCCACAGUUUCAGUGCACCGUGUUGGUUACUAUAAAUAAGUCAAGGAAGUUGCCAGAGAUCUGAAUGUUAACCAUUUUAGGAGUAACACUACACUGCAGUAGAGUCAGUUAUGUUGCUUGUUGUGCAUGAGCUGUGAACCGACAGUCACAUUUCUCAUCUGAACAACAGGCUGUUUCUGUUGUGAUCAUGUGUUCGUGCCUUAAGUCUUGCUUUGUUAUCAGCUCGGUCACAAGUGCCGAGCUGAAAGGCUUUACACUCGUACAUAACCGUCGCUAUGACGACACUGGUGGAUAUUAACGUGUCAAAUUGGUUUAUGGAUAUAAUUUAUGUCAAGAUGUUUGUUUUCUAAUUUUUCAUCGAUAUGUUUGAGUAAAUAAACUAGGUGUCUAUUUUGA